UCAAAUAUGCCAUACACCGUGUCCAUUCAUAACACAGAGAUGAAACCAGCAUAAGAACUGUUCUUCGGGGUCCUAGAAACAUAAGAACUGGAUCAAAAUGUCGGGUAGAGGUAGGCGAGCAAGGGGCCGGCCUCCAAAAACCCCUUUGUCGACAAACAGAACCAAUUUUUUAAGAAAACCGAAAGCCUACCAGGCACGAAGCGAUGCAUCAAGUGACCCCAAUUCUAGAUCUAGUACACCAGUCAGCAUACCAGGUACCCCAACUAGAGGAAGGGGGAGGUCUAGAGAAGCAUCCUAUAAAGGGAGAAAUUUUAUACACAGCUUGUUUGAUGAAGAUGAGGCCUCCCGCUCCAGCAUGGAUCCCGAGGAGAGAAGCAGCGAUGUCGCGGAUGAUAUUGAGCCGUUAGAUGACGAUUCUGACAGUGUGUAUGAUGAGUCUGAUUCAGAUUACAGUGAUGAUAGUUACAGUACACAAAGUUCCACAAGCAAAAGGAAAUUGUUUUAUUUUCGUAGACCGAAAACACCAGAGUUAUUAGACGACAAGGAUAUACCUCAAUUAGACUUACCAAGCAGUUCAAAUGAUUUACUUAUACCCUCAGAAUAUUUAAUGAUGUGCUUGGGUGUGUACGAAGUCAUUCGACAUUUCAGAGUUAUAUUAAGAUUAUCGCCAUUCACUUUUGAAGAUUUCUGUGCAGCUCUAUAUAGUGAUGAAGUUUCAACUUUACUUAAUGAAACUCAUAUAACUCUUCUAAAAUCUCUUUUACGGGAAGAAGAUGGCAAUAAUACCACUUUUGGACCUACUGAUCUGAAAGACAGCAUUAAUGCAUCCUUAUAUUUUAUUGACUCCAUGACAUGGCCAGAGUUGGUGAGAAGUUAUUUAGACAGUGACCGCUUAGUAGAAAACAAAGAAGCACUGGAUGUGUUAGAGAAAAGUACUGAAUAUCCAUUUGUUUCAUUUCAAGAAAGAUUAAAAGUCUUGAAAGUGUUAACAGACUUAUUUCUCUCAACAAAUAGUGUCAGGGAAGAAAUAAUGAAUGAAGGCAAUAUUCAGUAUGAUGAUCACUGCAGAGCUUGUCACAAACUCGGUGACUUGCUGUGUUGCGAGACAUGUUCUGCUGUGUAUCACCUUGCCUGUGUAGAACCUCCUAUGGAAGAAGUGCCAGAGGAAGACUGGGUGUGCACGAUCUGUAAGGCACACAAGGUUAAAGGUGUGACAGAUUGUGCGUCAGAGGCAGAAAAAAGUGGGUUACUGUGUAGACAAGAACCAAUUGGGUUUGAUCGACAUCGAAGGAAAUACUGGUUCCUCUGCAGGAGAGUGGUGGUGGAGAGUGAAGAUUCUGUGUGGUACUACAGUACGAAGCCUCAGUUUGAUGAACUGAUGGAAGUACUAGACAAGAACAACUUUGAGAAAGACUUAGUCCUGACUCUGUUAGAGUUCAAAGAGGAUAUACUCAAACACAUGUCUAUCACAGAGGAGUUGACUAACAGUCACAAAGGCAAUAGGAAAUCAGCAUUAGAGAUCGAAAUAGGUCAGUUGCAGAAGAUUCAGACAGAGAGAGCUGCCAGGAAAGCUAAGGAGGAGGAAGAGAGGAAGGCCCGGGAGGAAGAGGAGGCCAGACAGAAGGAACAGGAGAGGAUACGGAGGGAGACCAUCGACCUAGACGGUCCCGAGAUGAACGGGGACAUUAACGAAAACUCCAACUCCAGACCAGCCGACGUCAACUCUUCUGUGGUUGAAGAAGUAGUGAUGUCCGAGGAAACAGAAGUGGUAGCUACCACUAGUGAAAUGACUACAUCACAAACUAUAGUGACUGAGGCAGGGAAGACCGAGGCCCAUUUACAUCAGCUGGUCGAGACCGUAACCACAACAACAGUCAAAACAGUGGCCAGCACAAAGGUGACAAACUCUGAGGAAGCCAUGGAAACGGACUCAGGUGAUCAAACAAACCAAACCGAUGAUGAUGUCAUCCUGCUUGAAAAAAAUGGGCAAGGCCCGAACUCUGACCUUAAGUCCUUUGAGAUUAAGAAAGUGGACAAAACUCCUGAUGGUGUGAAGUCUACCAUUAUGAAUGUGCAAUCUGUGUGUCCGAAUGUUAAACCCACUGUUCUGAAGGUGACGGAGGAUUCUCAGAAAUCCCCGCAGACAAGAACAGUGCUGAUUGUAAACCGAGAUGGAAAUCGGGUGACUCUGGCAGUCAGUAAACAACCUAUAACAUCCUCCCAGAGCGCAGAUGGCAUUGACACAGUAGUAACCCAGAAUUCCACAGAAAAUACAACAGUGGUCUCAUCCUCAGAUGCCAGAAGGAUAGUGACCCGAUCCAAAACUGGUUCUCUGACCCCCAAACAGUUCACGGACUCAGUUACUUCAACGACGGCCACGAUAAAGAAUAGGUCCUCUGACGAUGUCCUUGUGAUCAACAAGGAUGGGGACAUUACCCGAGUCACUCGCAGCAAAAGUGCCUUAAUGACGCAUCAGUCUGUCUACUUCAAAUUAGGUAUGGAGAACAAUUUUAAGACAUAUCAGAAUCAGUACUCCAGUAACACCCUGGCCCUGAACAAGCACCAACAUAACGAGGAGCGAGACAAACGGCGCUACCUCUCACACAAGUUCAGUCUCACUCAGCUGAGCGAGUUCAAGUGGAACGGAACAUUGGUGGGUAGGAAGAACCUGGUCAUUAAUACCCUGAUGAUGACCAUUACACAGUUAGAGAACAACAUUCCCACGGCCUUCCUGCAUCCCCACUGGCCACUACACCGUACAAACUGGAAUAAUGCUGUCCAGCUGUGUAGAUCACCGGCAGACUUUGGCCUCGCUCUCUCUAUACUGGAGGCUUGUAUGAAACCUGUCCUGUUUAACCCAGUGUGGACAGAAGCUCUAGGUCACUCCAAACUGAUGAAAAUCACCUCCUUAGAUAGAGAGGAGAUGAAGAAGCGAGAGAAGGAAUUGAGGAAGAGGAAAGAGGAGGAUGAGGAGAGCCGAGGACCUCUAGUCUGGAUCAAGUACACCCUGGGUCUGAAACAUCAGGUGUGGAAACAAAGGGGUGAGGAAUACAGAGUGACAGGGGGUCAAGGCUGGCUUUGGGUAUCUAAAACCAGACAAGGUAACUAUGUGCCCCAGGACAGUGUGGGUCUGAGGAAUGUGGCUCGCAAGUUACAGGCCCGAAAACGAAAGGCAGAGGAAAAACAGGAGGAAAACCAGGGGGAAAGCAAGGAAGAAUCCACAGCAAAGAAAGUGAAAGAAGAGGGUGGACAGGGGACAGACAUUAAAGAGGAAGAUAAAAUGGAAGUCGUGCAGACAGUCAAGGAGGAAAAGUCUGAAGCAGUAGUGAAUCCACAGGAUGAAAAAAUGGAGGUUGAAGAGAAACCUGUAGAAACUGUAAAGGAGGAGAAGGAUAGUGGAGAAAGUGGAGUAAAGGAAGAUAAGUUGGAAAGUGGAGAAACUCCAGAGAUGAAAACGGAGAAAGGCAAGAAAACAGAUAACGAUCAGGAUGUCACCAUUGAUGUUGAAACUUCAAGUCCAGUAAAGCAAACAAAAUCAUCAUCUGUCACGGAGACAAGUAAAGGUAUAAAUGACUUUUCUGCCAAAGGUGGUACCAAAGAAUCUGGUUUACCACCAAAAGCAGAUGUUGAUCUCAUUAAUGUGACAAAAGGCAUGAAUGAACGAACUUUCUAUCCAAAAGUCACCAAACCCUAUGCAAAACUAGAUUCCUUGUUGGUAAAACGUUUAAAACAAGAGGAAAUAGAGAUUAAACAGAGACAAGCUUUGCAGCAGCAGAUAAACUGGAAAUUGAAAUCUCAACUUAAAGCAGAGCCAGAUCAGCAAUCUAUAAAAACAGAAACUGUUAAAACGGAGGAAAGUAAGUCAUUGAUGGAAACAAGUACAACAGAGGAGAGUGAAGACCUUCCCUCCCAUACCUGCUAUUCUUACCUGUGUAGAAGUGGAGAGGGUUCGUGUUACUCCUGUCUGUGUAUGAAGCGUCAGUCUGAGGACGAGGCCAUGAUGAACUUGACAGGAAACACACAACAGGAGAACGCGUCUGACGCUGAAAUGGAGGAGGAUGAGGAAGAAGAAGACGUGGACGUAGAGGGGGACGGUAAACCUUCCCCUCAGAAGGUCAAGGAGGAGAAGACAGAGGUCAAACAGGAGGAGGAGAAAAUGGACACCACUGAGGCUGAUCUCAAGAUUGUAAAGACAGAACCGGAGACCAAAUCCAUUAUCCUGAAACCUGUAGGGGGUACACCCAGUACAAGCACUGCAGCAAAAACAACCACAACUAGUGCUGUGGCUCAGAUCUUAUCUCAGAAGGCUGGACUAAAGGCAAAUCAAAUAACUCAGGCUCAGCAAGCAUUGAGACAGGCUAUUGAUAAGAUGAGUGUCGAGGAACUCCGAAGUAAAAUGCCUCCACUCAGAACAACCAAAGAACCUAUUAAACUGGUAAAGUUUGCGAAAAUGGGUCAAAGGUUACCAGCAAAGAAGAAAGCCACAUUACCUUCCUGUCAUAAAUUUCUGACUCCCAGUGGAAGGAAAACUUUGUUUGCACUGGAAAAACAUGAACUGAGGAAAAUGUCUCGUAAAGGAGGCAAAUGUGAAACAAAGGCUUUUAAUUAUAACUGUAAAAUGAACAAUGUGAACUGGAUAUACCCUUGUCCAAGACCUGUGUUUAAAACUGCUUGGAGAUAUAGGACUCAGACCAGUAAGUCUUAUGGAGCUGUGGGUGUACAGUUGAGGAUUUUAUGGGCGUGUCUACGCUGGGAUGAUCUGGCAGUAAAGCCACCAGCUGGGGGCACCAACACAAUCUCCACGGAGACAGAAAUUACAACCAAGGAACUGCUGAAACGGAGGGAUGUCGGUCCUCACAACUUACGUUCAGAGUUUUUGGUCAGAAAAAUAGUUGUACCACUUGGUGUACCUACUCAGCCCAAAGAGAAGUACACACCCCAGAGAAGUGGAUUAAGGGAACGUAAGAGGGCAGAAUCCCCCAAACAAACAGAGCCAAGUGUCACGGAGCAUUGGACACCAGAGGAGGAGCUAGAACUCUGGGAAAUUAAACAGUUCGGAGAAAAAUUAGCCAGACAGAGGGCGGCCAUUCAGGAGAAGUCCAGUCAGGACACGGUUCAGGUGCAGCAGACGACAUCUGUCAACGCUGCCCAGCUAAAGGCUCAGUUAGAGCAGCAACUGAAGCAGCAGAGACUGGCCCUACAGCAGAAGAGGCUGCUGGAGGCCCAGGGAAAGAUCGCCCCCGUGUCUACUUCAACCCCCUCAAUCAUAUCAGCCACCCUCAACAGCGCCUCGGGAGGGACGGUCAUCAAAACCCUGGGCGGAACUGUCGGAAGUAGUCUCCUGUCCGGGGCCACCAGUAUUUUAAAAACAGUACAGCCAAAGACCUUGUCUGCAAUAACAGUGAAUCCUUCAGGAGUAGUAACAACCAAUGGAGGAACUCCAAUAAGGCCUGUAGUCAAGGUUCAGCUCCCCAUGAGGACCUCUUUACAGACCUCGUCAGGGGUAACACUGGCCCCCAAACCAGGAUCUAUAGUAGUUACUACUGCCCAGCCAUCAACUCUGACAAGAUUGAUUGUCCCCAUCUCAAAACCACAACUCACUCCCACAAAAGUAAAUGUUAUAGGAAGUCAGUCAUUGCCAACAACUCCAGCUCGAGUCAUUGUUCCUUCAUCAGUCCAAACACCCCCUUCUGCUGUUCCGAAAUUACAAAUUCGUCCUACCGGUUCUCCAGGAACCCAGAACCUUCAGAUAAUUCAAGGCCCCUCAGGUCAACUACAAGUCAGAGGGUUAAUGCAGGGUCAACAGAUUAUUCGACUCCCUGAUGGCAGACUCCAGCUCCUGACCUUGCCUCAGUCUGGCACCACCACACAGGUGGCUACCACAAGUGUUACCUCUUCUCCACAAGCUAGUCUGGCCUCCACGCUUGUCCCGCCCCGGGCACAGCUGGCUAUCCGCCCUACCUCAUCCGUGUUAGUUAGCACCAGUACAGGGUUAUCAGCCUUGACUGGAACCACCCCCACCCGAAUCAUUGUCCCCUCCCAGGCACUGUCCUCAGGAGGAGCCCUGCAGAUCGGCAAUUCAACCAUCCAGACAAAACAGCUACUAGCUCAGUCUUUGACAAACCUGGGAAAUGUCACUUCAGUGGAUGGAACAGCCACACUGGUAAGGCCAGCUUCCUCCACAGUGCAGGCAACCACCACAGUGCAGGCAAUGGAAACCCCCAAACUGGUGGCUAGUCUGUCCACCCCAUCUGCUGCUGUCCCAGGAACUAAUGUGGCAGCCACUCUUCUGUCACCCCUUAAACUGGCUUCUGUUACUCGUCCCAUUUUGGUAUCAUCAGUACCUACCCUUCCAAAACAGACAACAUCUUCCAUCAGUAUAGCCCCACCCUCCACUGUAUUGUUGCCUGUCAAAGUGUCGACUGCUGUAGGCAUGACUACCACUGCACCUCGACUGGUGUCGCCUCCUCAGACGAUUCAACAGCAGCUGGUGCUGCAGAAGAGUCCACCCCUGGCUGUUACAUCAACCCCACGUACCACAGUGGCUCCCUCUACUCCUACAUCCUCCACAAAGUAUGCCGUCACUCCACAGGUUGUGCAACAAGUUGUUCGCCAAGCACUGAUGCAGAAUCAGACCCCAGAAAUUCAAGCCAAGUUGCUAGCAAUGCAGCGUAUGAUGCAGAACCCCUCAGCGAGCCCCGUCCCCCCUCCCCAGCCAGUGGUGGAGAAGCCCCCACCAGUGGUGACCACGGCGGCACCUGUACAGCAGCUGGACCCAGCUACCAAACAGAUGACACAGGAACAAAGGGAAGACAGAAUGAGGAGAGCAGUGUGUGGUGCUGUGCUGAAGUCUAUUGUGGAGAAGAUUGAAAAGAAAGAGAAGGAAGAAGUCCGCAAAGUGAAAAAGCAGGAGCUGGAAGAGGAGAAGCAGAAGCGAUUAAUGGUAGCCAAACUUCACGGCACUUUGUACAAACACAAGGAGGCUCUCAAGAGGGAAAUUCUUAAGAAACGUUCAUUAAUGGAGAAAAAUCUGCAGCAAGAAAUCCAGUUUGAGGUCGCUGAACAGUUGAAGAAGCGUCAGGGACAGUCUCAAAAGAGGGUAGAUUCUGGCUCCCGUCAAACAAACCAGGCAGUCCUGACUGUUCAGCAGCAUAUCGCUAGUGGCAACAAGAAAGCCGUCAUUCCAGCUGAGCAGAUUGUCAAAUCGAAACGCAAGAAACAGAAGAUCAUUUCUACAGGUUCCAACAAAUCUCUCAACCCCAAAUCAAGACUGUACUGUGUGUGCAAACAGCCAUACGAUGACACCAAGUUUUACAUUGGAUGUGAUUUAUGUUCCAAUUGGUUCCAUGGCAGCUGUGUAAAUAUAUCAGAAGAUAUGGCAAAGAGAAUAGACACUUACGUGUGCGACGAGUGUAAGAAACAGCGAGAUACGGCUACCGAGGAGCUGUACUGUCUGUGUCGGACGCCUUAUGAUGAUACUCAGUUUUACAUUGGAUGUGACCGCUGUCAGGACUGGUUCCACGGUCGGUGUGUGGGCGUGUCCCAGGUGGAGGCUAACCACAUGGACAUCUACAUCUGUCCUAACUGUGAGAAGAAGGAGGAGGCCGAUCCAAUCAGCCAGAAAAUUCUGCAGGAAAAGGACUAUGAAAAUGUCCGCAGGCUCGUGAAAUCCAUGCAGUCGCACAAAAUGGCCUGGCCGUUUUUAGAGCCAGUUGACCGUCUUGAAGUUCCAGACUAUUAUGCAGUAAUUAAAGAUCCUAUGGAUCUACAGACUCUGGAGAGGAAUGUCAUGGAGAGGAAAUAUCUCCGCUUGUGUGACUUUGUAAAGGAUGUGACAAAAGUGUUUGACAAUUGUCGGCUGUAUAAUCCUGCUGAUACUCCAUUUUAUCAGUGUGCCGAAGUUCUGGAAACAUUCUUUGUCCAGAGACUAAAAUCUCUUAAAGAGAGAAUAUAAAACCAUUUCAAUCAUGCAAUCCAUUUUGUUAGCAUUCUUCAUGUUCUCUGUGUACAUAAGCACUUUGGGGUACUGUACUCUCUCUCUCAGAAGCAGCAUGUUGAUUAAUUUAUUGUCAUAAUGUUAAAAUCUUCAAAAUAUAGUUUUACGAUUACUGAGUAGAACAAAUAAUUUUUUAUGUGUAUCAUUCUAUACAUUUUCUCUAGAAUAAAUUAUAGUACACUUGG